AAUGGCUGACGUGGUCUGAAUGAGCUCCUAUUUAACGUGCGUGCAUGAACACCCUUUGCAGUCAUCGUAACAAUGUACCUGUCGUUGCUGUUCGUACUUGCUGUGCCACAUGCUUUCGCAGUGACGUUAAACAAAGAAUUGCUCGAAGAAUGGCACGAGUACAAGGAACAGUUUGACAAAAAAUAUGGGCCCAUAGAGGAUUUCAAGCGCAUGAAUAUUUGGCAGAAGACAAAACAUAUCGUCCAGCAGCACAAUGAAGAGUACGGCCGUGGACUCCACAGCUACACGCUUGCUGUCAAUCAUAUGGCAGAUAUGACUCAAGAGGAACUGGAGCAUCGGAGCGGCCUUCGUAUGACUCCCGAGUCAAUUCCUGAAAUGGAAGCUGAAACGGAAGUAUUUACUCUACGAGAGGGGUCGCUUCCUCCCAUUCCUGAUCAAGUGGACUGGAGAACGAACAAUGGCUACGUGGGACAUGUCUAUGAUCAAGGCAUGUGUUCGUCAUGCUGGGCCUUCAGCAUCGUGGGGACGCUCGAAAGCCAGUGGUUCUUAACAACGCAACAGAGAGUCAACCUUAGCCAGCAGAACCUCGUAGACUGCGUCACUUCUUCUCACGGUUGCAAAGGAGGCGACCUAUACGAGGGCUUCGAGUACAUCAAGGACAGUGGCGGGAUUGAUACCCUGGAGUCCUAUCCCUACGAAGCUCACGAUAACGUAUGCAGGUUCAAGAAGGAGGGCGUUGGCGCCGUUGUCAACGGCAUCAGCAUGAUCAAAAAUGGAAGCGAGUUUGACCUCAGAAAUGCCGUCGCCACUGUGGGACCCGUCUCCGUUGGAAUUGACGCCAGCGACUUUCGUUUCUUCUUCUACGGAAGCGGCAUUUAUGACAACCCAAACUGUGGGAGUGUCAACUUAACACAUGCCGUCGUCGUUGUUGGGUACGGCACAGAGGACGGCAAGGAUUACUGGCUCAUAAAGAACAGCUGGAGCGAGCGCUGGGGACAGAAUGGGUUUGGAAAGAUGACCCGAAACCGCGGCAACCAAUGCGGUAUCGCUUCUAACGCUGUCUAUCCCAUCAUCUGAAGAGACAGGGCCUGAAUGGGAACUUUUUUGUAGAAACAGUACCUGUACAUUGCGAUGUACCAGUGGUAUGCAUCCUUAUUUGUACGGCCAAAUCAGAUUUUUGUAAUUAUGUCCCUUCAAUGUUGCAAUUAUCAAUGCAGAUUGGAUAUUGCACGAAUAAAGAGGUUCAUGUCAUGUG